AUGCGGGAUCCAGAGAAACGGGAGGAGGAGUUGAUGGCAACAUGCGCCUACGCGCGCGGUGCAGGAGGUGCAACCACUGCCGGCUACCAAGCGCGUGCUGCUGCUCCAGGAUCCUGUCCAUGCGAGUCCCACUGCUGUCACCCGAAUCUCUCUCCGAAGGCAUCCGAUAGCCCCCCGGCACUCGUCGUGCUGCUCGAAUACAUCCAUGCCAGGACCUCCGGCAGCCCCGCUGCGCUCGUCGCACUCCUCGAGGCGGCCGCCGCCGGGAGCGACAUGCUUCUUCCCGUGGCGAUAGGGUCGUCGAAGGGCCAGCAGCCCGGUCGCAACUACUUGCCGUUGCCUGCCGCGCGAGGAGCAACAGCAGCAGCAGGCGGAGUCCCUCCGGAGUUCCUCCUUCCACUUGCCGUGAAAAACAACUACUUGGAAUGCGUGCGGGAACUGCUCAGGCUGGGCGCCAACGUAGAAGCGGUGGACGAGAUCGGGUUGACGCCGUUGCUCGUGGCUACACGGGCCGGGAACGUCUCGGCGAUCGGCGUCCUGAUCGAUCUGGGCUCAGCAGACGUGAACAGCAGAGGGCAGACCGUGUGGACAGCUCUGCAUUUCGCCGCGCACGGCGGGGAUCCGGCGACGAUAGAGGCGCUCGUCACUCGGGGCGCGGAGCUGUCCGCGAGGACGACCCUCAAGGGCAAGUCCCCGCUGCACAUCGCCGCCGGGCACGCGCAGACGCGGGCGGUCCAGGAGCUCGUGCUCCGCUGGGGGGCCGACGAGACGCAGCUCGACGGCCGCGGGCGCUCCGCCAGCGACAUCGUGGGCGUCCUGAAGAACGUGUUCGAUCGGGGAGCCGGGCACGCGGAGGAGGUGGAGAGGAUCAAGGGGUGCCGAUGCCGAACUGCUGGGGGGAGAGAGUGCGGCCGCAAGGCUCGGGGAGCAACAGGCGUCUGCGCCGGUCGGGAUGGACACGUUUCGUGACGCGGUGACGCGUUUAGCAGGGGAAGACGACAUCGGGGUAUUUCGCAGCGUCGUGAGUUUCUUGUGAAACAAGCAAAGGUUGUCGACACCGGUUACUGGGAGCGAUUCUCGAUGGAGGCCCUGCAAUCGCUACGGCCACGUCUACCGCUGUAUCUUGGGGGUCGGUGUCUCUCGUGUUGUUCUCAAGACUUUUGUUCCCGUUGCAUUUGAGUGGGGAUUAAUACUGCUUGGCAGUCGCUUUUUCGUGAGGGGGGGUCCCCGUCCGAUCCGUUUGUUUCGGUCGCCUGAAGCUCGUGUUGUGUUAUCCAUUUGUGUAAUAGAGUUUGUGAGCCCGCCCGCCCCACUUGCGAGGGUGCAAGGGUCGGUUAGUUGCGAAGCGUACCUGUUUUCGAAAGCUAGGCAGAUCCUCGUCGAAUGCUGUAGAUGCUUCUUCUUCCGUUUCGAAGAGGCUGGGGUAGUAGUGGCGAAUCGUGCGUGUCUGCGAAAGGUGGUAGUACAUGCUAGGCAGCUCUUUGCCGAAUGGUGUAGCUGUGCUUCUUCCCUUCCGAAAAGUGUAAGAAUCGUCUGCGAUCUGGUGCGUCGAAUCGCAGAGAGUCUCAAGGCGCAUUGCCGCCAGGUACCUUUCUAUUUGGAGGGCCUACCUGUCAGUCAGGGACGAUUUCAGUAGUACAUGCCGCUUGAAACGGUCUUGUACCUCGUGGGGGGGGCACCGUAUAUCAUCGUCGGGGGGGGGCGUAGAUUUUCGCGGGGGGGUACCUUAGGACAUCUUGACGGCCGUAUGUGGUCACCCGACGAUGACCCCCUCUUCCUGUUGACGGUUUCAGAUAGCUGGUCGUGUGUAGCCAUUAACGAAGCAGGAGCGAAGCCCCUUAUUCAGUCCGAACGGUGUUCUAGAGCUUGGCGGCAUCAAGGUCCCGAGAUCUCCUCACAUAUCGCAGCAUGUAGAAUCUCUUCUCUCUGUUGUGUUUUCACGCGUUGUUGUCGUUGCUGCCGCAUUGCUGCAGGAGUGGCGCUGAUUUGACGCCGUCAAGAGUGCUGUGGUACGCCCUCAGGCUCGCUGUUCCACCGUCUAAAGUCGUGGUCACUGGUUUCAAAACGGUGGCUAGGAGCAUCGAUGCAUGGAGUAUUUAUUUCCUAGUUUCGUGGAUUGAAUCGAUUUGUCGCAUAGAAGAGCUUCUUCUGCACGUAAACGCUAGGUCAUUGGUAUUGGGCCGUGAACGUGUCCCGAAUGGGUUGGUUGCGUCCUUAUUAUUAUUCUGUUUACGUGCCCGCAUGCGACGUUCUCGGACUUAAUCAGAUUCGGCGGUCAGUCUAUACCCCAGGUAAGGAAAUGGCACGUGCCUCAUAUUGGCCAUGUCCAUGUCCCGCCUCGUCGCUUGAACGCUCUUGUUAGGGUUCUCUCCAGUGUGGUGUGUUUCUUGUCUGGCGUCUCUCGUUCCCUUAGUCGUGCAUGGUGGAGAGCGUCGCUUCCUUUUCGUCCUGGUAGGGGGUUGGUGCACGGGCUCUCUCCGGUGGCUAAUACCGGCGGAGGGACGUCAUGUUGCUUCUUCGUUCCCAAAUGUUGAUUUUCAUGUCGUUCCAGUUGUAUCUCCUUGUGCCUUAGAGUGUAACCCACGGUAGCAGAAGGUCGUGAUGGUCCCCUCCUGCCCGUACUUGUGUUGGUCUGUAUUUUUCUGUGAAUGGUUUCGCCGUCGUUAUUCUUGUUUUGAUUUGCUCCUGUGUUU